GGCUCCUUCGCCUUGCAGAGGCUGUGAAAUCGGAAGGUGAAAGAAAAAAUGGAAGCCAUUAUGAGCGGUCACCGCUGCAACUCUCUUCCUGGCGCCGCCACCACCACUACCUUCGCUCCCACCUCUACCAGAAGAAGACGAGCAAACGCCUUCUCUGUACGCAUGGGUCUCAAGGAAGAUGGUCCUUCUCUGGCCGUCGUUGGUGUCACCGGCGCCGUCGGUCAGGAGUUUCUCCGUGUCCUCUCCGACCGCGACUUCCCUUAUAAAAGCAUUCGAAUGCUUGCCAGCAAACGUUCUGCUGGUAAAUACCUCACCUUUGACGACAAAGAAUAUGUCGUUGAAGAGCUAACCCCAGAGAGCUUCGAUGGUAUUGAUAUAGCUCUUUUUAGUGCUGGAGGUUCUAUAAGUAAGCAGUUCGGUCCCAUCGCCGUCCAACGUGGAUCGAUUGUCGUUGAUAACAGUUCGGCAUUUCGGAUGGAUGAGAAGGUGCCGCUUGUGAUUCCGGAGGUGAAUCCGGAUGCCAUGGCUCACAUUAAAAUUGGAUCUGGUAAAGGUGCUCUCAUUGCUAAUCCUAAUUGUUCCACCAUUAUAUGUUUGAUGGCCGCCACGCCCCUGCAUCGUCACGCCAAGGUAUUACGAAUGGUUGUUAGCACAUAUCAAGCAGCUAGUGGUGCUGGUGCUGCUGCAAUGGAAGAGCUUGUUCAGCAAACUCGUGAGGUUCUGGAAGGGAAACAGCCAACUUGUAACAUUUUUAAGCAACAGUAUGCUUUUAAUCUGUUCUCACACAAUGCACCUGUCCUCUCCAAUGGGUACAAUGAAGAGGAAAUGAAGUUAGUGAAGGAAACAAGAAAAAUUUGGAAUGACCCCAAUGUCAAGGUGACUGCCACAUGCAUACGAGUUCCUGUGAUGCGUGCACAUGCUGAGAGUGUUAAUCUCCAGUUUGAGAAACCACUUGAUGAGGACACAGCUAGGGAUAUUUUGAAGAGAGCUGCUGGUGUAGUUGUUAUUGAUGAUCGAGCUUCCAAUCAUUUUCCCACCCCUUUGGAGGUGUCAAGCAAAGACGAUGUUGCAGUUGGCAGAAUACGCCAUGAUUUGUCUCAGGAUGGAAAUCAUGGGUUGGACAUCUUUGUAUGUGGUGAUCAAAUACGCAAGGGUGCUGCUCUUAAUGCAAUUCAAAUUGCAGAGAUGCUGCUGUAGUUUGGACAUGGUUCUGGAAAUGAAGCCUCCUCUAGAGAUGUUUGUUUUUGGAUAUGAAUACCUUUGGAUGGCAAGAUGAAGCAAUUUUGGGUGGUUUAUGUUGUAUUAUCCCGAAGCAAUUUUGAAGGAAUCGGCAUUUUGUUAUAAAUAUUUAUCAUUUAGAUUUUCUGGAUGUAGUUAUAUAAUUUAUGAGUUAGAAUAAUUAAUG